AUGCUAUGGAAAGUCUAUACUACUGUAUACAACCUGUACUUUCAUCCAUUGGCCCAAUUUCCAGGUCCACAAGAGGCGGCUCUGUCUCAGAAUUGGAUCUACAGGAAUACACUCAGUGGGCGGAUUGAACCAAUACUUGAAAGGCUUCACGAUCAAUACAAAUCCCAUGCUAUCAGAAUUGCGCCAAACGAGUUGCAUAUCACCGAUGUGUCUUUGUACAAGAAGAUAUACAGCCAGAACGACCCCUGGCCGAAAAACGGAGACUUUUACGCCGCUUUCGGUACCCCUCACAGUCUUUUUGUAGAAACCGAUAAUGGUCUUCACAGGGAGCGGCGAAAACUGCUGAAUCCUUACUUCUCCCGUGGUGGCGUGCUUAAUGUACAAGAUCUGAUACAGGGGAAAGUUGCGACCCUCAUCGCGAGAUUCCAAAAGCUACCGCCCGGCUUCAAAGUCAACCUCUACAACGCCUUCCGGUGCCUUACGGUAGAUAUCAUCUCAGACUACGCAUCCGGAACGUGCUUGAACCAAGUUGAAACGGCAGAUGACGAUUUCUUUGGAAGUUAUCUCGAACCUUUCGAUGCCUUCGGAGAAAACAUCUGGCACAUGUGCUACCGGCCGGUUAUAAGAGCAAUUGUGACAUCAGCUCCAGCCUGGAUUGCGAAGCGAGUAAGCAAAGAAGGGCGGUCAAUUGUUCAACUGCAAGAGGCAAAUAUGGCGGCUCUAUACUCUUAUAGAAAUAAGCCUGAUGUGGGAAGACCGGUGGUUUAUGCUGCGUUGAAUAGCUGUUCCGAGGAAGAGGCGGUGGCUGAAGCGACUGACAUCCUUGCUGCAGGAUCAGAUACAACGGCUUACACCUUGACAGUCGCCCUUUGGCAUAUCAUUAAACACCAAGCUAUAAGAAACGAGCUUGUGGAGGCUCUCUCCAGGAACAUACCCGAUGCAAAGACCAUCCCUAACCUGCCGGUGCUCGAGAAGAUUCCACUUCUCAACGCUACCGUCAAGGAAAGCGUGCGUAUAGCCAGCGCUGUACCUGGAAGGCUCCCCCGUAUCGUCCCUAGCCACGCCGCACUUUUCGUCGAUGGCAAGAAAGUGCCUGAAGGCACCAUCGUGGGCAUGUCGGCUUACACGAUGAACCGGAACCAAGAGCACUGGGGUCAGAACGCUGAUGAGUUUGACCCUCACCGCUGGCUCACCGGCGACUGCGCGGCGAUGGAACAAAACAUGGCGUCCUUUUCCAAAGGACGCCGCAGCUGCAUCGGUCAGCCUCUGGCCUAUGCAGAAAUCCACAUCGUUCUGGCAUAUCUUCUUCGGAAUUUUGAUUUUGAGCUUGCAUCUGGUUCUGCAUCGCCUGACGCAUGCGAUAGGUUUACUUCCAUGGUGGAAAAGCCAGGGGUGCUUGCAUAUGUCAAGCCUCGAGUGAAGUAG